GGGGUAGUGUAGACAUACCCUGCUAUCUCUUUCAUGUUUCAGGUGGAAGAUAUCCCAGGAAGCAUUUGUGAAGAGUUUUGACCCAAGUGUCCUUCCAAAUGUAACUCAUAUACUCUUUGAAAUGAAUUGGAACAAUCGCAGAAGGUCCUGGCAAAGAUGGGUGUGUAGUGACGGCAGUGAGCAUGCUGAAGUACACUUCCUGGAGUAUGUUUUAAGAAAGUUAAGAUAUAAUUCUUCUGUUCACUGCUCAAUCACCUGUUACAUGUCCUGGAGUCCCUGUGGGGAGUGCUGUCAGUAUAUCAUGGAUUUUCUGCAGAGAAUGCCUUAUGUUAAUCUAGACAUUUACGUAGCACGACUCUACUGGCACAAAGAGGAAAACAAUCGUAAUGGUCUGUGGAACUUGAAUAUGGAAGUGCCCAUCUGGAUCAUGGACCUCCAAGCUUAUAACUACUGCUGGAGUAUGUUUGUUUGGGAUGAGGACAAGGAUGAAGAGGAUUAUUAUCCCAGGCACUUUGCUCCCUGGAUUAUGCUGUAUUCCCUCGAGCUCCAGUCCAUCCUUCAGAACUUUCCAUCUUGCUUAGAGAUUUCAAUCAAGGCGGACAAACCUCCAAUUUUCAGCCUAUGUGUAGAAGAUGAAGAACAGAAAAGAGCACUCACAGCAGAAACCAACUGACAGGAAACAUCACCCACAUUAAAACUGUAGAAUUGGGGGAGGGGAAGAGGGUGCAGCCAGAGUGGGUACAACAGAGUGUCCCUGUGCCACUGCUCUGCUAACACAGCAUGUUUUCUCAUGCAUGAGCUGACAGAACAUUAGUAUGUGUAAUCAUUGUAAUUUGAUUUAGUUACGCGUAGCCACUUCCUUCCUAUUGCCUCAGCUUCUAGCUUUUUGAAAGUGUAUUAUGUUUAAAUGCUUAAUGUUGUCCAGUGACUGGUCAUGUUAACUCCUGUGACCCAGUGUACGGGUUCACACAACUUGUUUAUUCUGCAGCCAGUUCUCUUUCACCAAAUGAACAUCUUUUGUACUAUA